AUGCUACUCUUCGCCUCCACAACCUUUUCCCUCUCAAUCUUCUUGACACUCCCAAUCACACGUGCGGCUUUCUACUACCCCACCCCUGCUCUUUCCUUCCUCGAACACAUCCUCGUCGACAACUGGGGCGCCUACGCUUCGAACUUCUCAUCCGCAAUCACACCCUGCACAAACUAUGUCUCGCAGACCGGUACGACAGGGCUCAAUAGUGGUCGCACCACGGCAGCCCAAUGGAUGCGCGUCAUGUUCCACGACUUUAUUACCGCGAAUGUGAGUGCCGGCACGGGAGGUAUUGAUGCUAGUAUUGGAUUUGAGACAGCGAGGGAAGAGAACAAGGGGACACCGGAGACCGAUUUAGAAGAAACCUUGCUGUUCUUCGAGCGCGCUGGGUUUGACAAGGUGGAUGCUAUUGGGCUCACGGCUUGCGGACACACUCUCGGCAGCGUCCACCACGGUGGCUUCCCGGAGGCUGUAGACGACAGCUUCGUCACGCCCAAUAACACGAAUGGCGGUAGUAACUUCGACACUACACGCGGCGUCUUCGACCCAAACGUCCUCGGCGAAUAUCUCAAUGGUACAGGGACGAAGGGAGGACCGUUGGUGAACUCCUACAACGACACGAUGAACUCCGAUAAACGGCUUUACGAAAGCGAUAAGAAUGCGACGAUGCGUGCUCUCUUCGCACAAGGAACGGCCUUUCUUGAUACGUGUGCCGAGCUCAUGGGUCGUGCCAUCAAUACUGUGCCUGCGGGUGUCCAGCUCCGCGAAUCGAUUGCUAUUAUGCCGGUCAAGCCGUUCAACACGACCUUUGACUUCGGCCAGGAUGGGAAGUUGAUGCUUUCGGGCAAGGUCAGAAUCCUCACACCGGCGGGCAGCUCACCACCGCAAUCACUCACCCUUCGCAUGAGCGACCACGAAAUGCAACUUGAGCCAGAAAUCGAGACGGGCAGCUCAGUCUUUGGUCGCAGUGGGGGUGAAUACGGAACUACGACUUACUUCCCGUUCUCGCUUUCUGGACCCGCCAUUCGAAAUGCCACGUCUUUCUCCGUUCAGGCACCCGAGUCCUAA